AUCAUGUUUUUCGUCCUUGGUCGUCCUCCGCCGUAAUUUUCAAUCUCUCAAAUGAAUCAGUUUCAAUCUAUAGCAUAUUCUUCCGAUUAUGCCAAGAUUGAAAUAUCUAAAGAAAUGUCUCCGAUGGUAUAUAUAAAAUCUACCGAACCUUGUUGCUAUAUAAGGUUUUCGGUCUCACAGUCUCCCUGCAUCAUUCCGCAGCCGUUUGGGCUUUCAAAUCAGAUUUUAGAUGAAGUCCCAGUGGGCAUGAUCAAGACUUUGGGUCUUUCACAUUGGCCAAGUUCCAAAAGGAGAUCAGAACUAAUUGGGUCAUACAUGAUGAUCGGGUUGUUUAUCCAGGAUUCAUAUGGGUCAUAUGAACCUGUUGGACGAGCAAAAGGUUUCAUGCUUAAAAAGAAAAGGAGAAACUUCAUGCAAAAACAUUAGAUUUGGAAAAGAAAAUCGAUGCGAAACAGGCAUUGGAACUGGAGAUUGAGCGGUUAAGAGGAGCUGUAGGGGUGAUGAAACAUAUGAACGAUUCUGGUGAUGUGGAAGCGAAGAAGAAGAUGGAUGAAGUUGAGGAAGAACUAAAGGAAAAAUUAGACGACUUGAACAAGCUGAAGCACUAAAUCAGGCACUUAUUGUUAAGGAACGUAUCAGCAAAGAGGAGUUAGAUGAUGCUCGUAAGGAGCUUAUUAAUGUCAGCAUUGAUCCCCUUUUGGCAUACUCCAGGUGAGCCAACUAGGGUGGUGCUGAGUGCCUCAAAUUCGUUCUGGAUGCCCAUUUCCCAUCAAUAUCUGUUUAAUUUCAUAUGCUGUAAAUAUAGAUGGGGGAGAGUGGAGGCAACCAUCUCAACUGCAAGAGACUCAAUUAGAUGGGUCGGGUUCCAUGCUAGUGUAUGCACCUUACAGGGGAGGCAGGUGGUGAUGGAGGGCAGGGAUCCUAGGGAUUUGGGAUUAUUUAUCUGUGUUGUUGAUAGACUAUAAGAUAAUAUAUAUGUGUAAAAGAU